AUGUACAUUUUUAUACUGUUUUUGGUUCAUCAAUUGAGUAGUCUGAAAAUUAAGGAAGUGGACUCUCUAUAUUAAUAUAGUUAAUAAUCGAUUGUAUUAUCAGAAUAAUCUCCAUCAAUUUCUAGUGCCUUUAGAUAUGAAAUAUUGUCAAAAUAAAAUCCGUCAACAAACAUUCUUUAAGUUGGAAAUUUUGAAAAAUUUUAUAGUGAUUGA